CCGCGGCGGGCUCAGCUCCCAAGGCGUCAGGGCCGGUGGCGUCCGCCUGGGCGCGGCAGCCGCCAAGGAAGAAAAUGAAAACACUAGCAGAAAGGAGGAGGAGUGCUCCAUCUCUUAUCCUGGAUAAAGCCCUGCAAAAACGGCCUAGUACCAGGGAGAGCCCUGCAGCCAGUGUUGACACGUGUGCAUUUCUGUCAUCAUUUGUGUGCUCCAGUAGGACUCUGCUGAUUGACGGCCGGGUUGAACUCAGAAGAGGCCUGCAGAGGCAGGAGCGGCAUCUUUUCCUAUUCAAUGAUCUGUUUGUUGUGGCCAAAAUCAAAUAUAACAAUAACUUUAAAAUAAAAAAUAAAAUUAAAUUAACUGAUAUGUGGACAGCAAGCUGUGUGGAUGAAGUGGGAGAAGGCAACACCAACGCUAUGAAAUCCUUCGUCUUGGGCUGGCCCACAGUGAACUUUGUAGCCACUUUCAGUUCUCCAGAACAAAAGGACAAAUGGCUCUCUCUCCUUCAGAGAUACAUCAAUCUAGAGAAAGAGAAGGACUACCCGAAGAGCAUUCCCCUCAAAAUCUUCGCCAAGGACAUUGGGAAUUGUGCCUAUUCUAAAACUAUAACAGUAAUGAAUUCAGAUACAGCAAAUGAAGUUAUCAACAUGUCAUUACCACUGCUAGGGAUAACUGGAUCUGAGAGAGAUUACCAGUUGUGGGUCAAUUCUGGCAAAGAAGAGGCACCAUACCCACUCAUUGGUCAUGAAUAUCCCUACGGAAUUAAAAUGAGCCAUCUUCGAGACACUGUACUCCUGACACAGGGAUCAAAGGACUCCAGCACCCCAGUCAACCCCCAGGAGCCCUUCCUCAUGGAACAGCUGCCCCGAGAGAUGCAGUGCCAGUUCAUCCUGAAGCCCAGUCGCCUGGCUGCAGCCCAGCAUCUGAGUGAUUCAGGUCAGAAGACAUUUAAAAGGAGACGAUCGAUAAUUAACUGGGCCUUCUGGCGAGGUUCCAGCACUCACCUGGACAAUGUGCCCGUGUCACCCACAUCUCCAAGGCCAGGACAGCUCUUUGGAGUUUCUCUGCUAAAUAUCUGUGAGAACGACAAUUUGCCCAAACCUGUCUUGGAUAUGCUUUUUCUUCUUAACCAAAAAGGACCCCUCACAAAAGGUAUCUUCAGGCAAUCAGCCAAUGUGAAAUCCUGCAGAGAGUUAAAAGAGAAACUGAAUUCUGGAGUCGAAGUACACCUAGACUGUGAAUCCAUUUUUGUGAUAGCAUCUGUCUUAAAGGAUUUUCUGCGAAAUAUUCCGGGAAGUAUUUUUUCAUCAGAUCUCUAUGAUCACUGGGUCUGUGUAAUGGACCAAGGAAAUGAUGAAGAGAAAAUAAAUACAAUUCAAAGGCUAUUGGACCAGCUUCCGAGAGCCAAUGUCGUUCUGCUGAGGUACCUUUUUGGAGUGUUACACAACAUUGAGCAACAUUCCUCGUCCAAUCAGAUGACCGCAUUUAAUUUAGCCGUGUGUAUCGCCCCAAGCAUUCUCUGGCCUCCUUCUUCCUCCAGCCCAGAACUAGAAAAUGAAUUUACAAAAAAGGUGUCCCUGCUUAUACAGUUCCUGAUUGAAAACUGCUGUAGGAUAUUUGGAGAAGAAAUCACUUCCCUCUUGGGAGAGGUUUCAGUGAGAUGUGAUGCUAGAGAGAAUGUCUCAGAUAUCUCUUGCUUCCAACUGAAUGACUCCUCCUAUGACAGUCUGGAAAAUGAGCUCAAUGAGGAUGUGGAUGCCCCAUGCAGUGACUUGGUAAAGAAACUUGGCCAGGGCAGCAGAAGCAUGGACUCUGUGUUGACGCUCAGUGACUAUGACCUUGACCAGCCUGAGGUGGAAGGCCUUUUAACCCUGAGUGACUUUGAUUUAGACCAUUCUAAAAAUGAAGACCUUCAAGUGAAAGCGCCUCUAGAAUCCAAGCUGUUGAACGUUUUAGUGUACACCAAGAUCCCACUGCGGGAUCAUGCCAGGACCCCGUCGGGCACGUGCAGUCGCAGCUGCCUGUCCACCGCUGCAGCGGAUGCUCCUAAAAGCCUGAGAAGACACCGGCGCUGCUCGGAGCCCAGCAUUGACUAUCUGGACUCUAAGCUUUCCUAUCUCAGGGAGUUUUAUCAGAAAAAGCUUCGCAAGUCCAGCUGCGAUGCGAUUCUCUCUCAAAAAGAUGAGGACAAUCCAAAGCAGGAUCAACCCCUCCAGGAAGAGGGUAAGGCAUGUCUUAAACACAGUUUAGUCGUAGGCACUGAUAGCAAGAAAAAUGCCACUCCUCAAAAUGUUAAGAAGAAAAGCUUACCUGGUAAUGAAGGAAAUCAUGGGAAGCCUUUCCCUAAGUCCAAGCCAGUGGCCAUUUCUGUGGCAUCUUACAGUCGUAUGCCCUCCCAGGACCAUUCCAGGAACCAGUCCUUCGAUAUGACUACGUCUGGAUACUCCCCGCCACACACAGCAGAUGUCCUCAAGAAUUCAAGGACGCAUCGGCGCUGCUCAGAGCCCAACAUAGAUGACCAGCACUGCAAACUAACCUAUCUCAGGGGGAUUUACUCAAAGAAGCAACAUAAAACCAGCUGUGAAGCUGGGUUCUUGCACAGAGAGGAAGAUUAUCUCAAACGGCAUAAGUCUUUGCAAAUGGAGGGGCAAAAGCUUAUCAAUCAGAGUUUGGUCAUGGGUAUUGAGGUGGGCAAGAGUAGUGCCAUAACCCAGAGCACUGAGAAGGUCUUACCCCCACGAUUAAACCUCUGCCCAAGGACUAGCUUUUCCAGCCUCUCCUCCCCAGGCACGUCUCCCUCUGGCUCGGUGAGCUCUCAGGACAGCGCGUUCUCUCAGAUUUCUGAGCACUCCGUGUUUACACCCACUGAAACAUCCUCUCCCAUAGAUUGCACUUUUCAGGCUCGCAGAAAACUGGAAGAGCUUUCUUCUGACUUUAGCAGUUCCAUUCCCAUUUCUGGAAUGCCUGGUCCCUCAUCAGGGCAGGCCAGCAGCCUCCUGCCUUCUACCAAAAAAGAUACCGGAGAGUGGCAUUCACAAAUACACUCCGUAACUCUUCACCCCAGCACAUGGUUGAGAAAUGGUGUGGCCAGUUUGAAAAAUUGGUCCCUCAAAAAGAAAGCAAAGACAGCCAAGCCCGACGAGAAGGAAAUAGGUUCUCUAAAAGGCCCCUCAGAGCCACCUCCACUUGCUUCUUUUGUUCCAGAAGCCAGCUCACUGCAAGAGAGACAGAAAGACCUGCCCCUAGGGGUGGCCGAAGGAGCUGGAACUGUGCAGACAGCCCAGUGGGAUAGUUCUCCCUGCCAGGACUCAGAGAAGCACUGCAGCUCCCCAUUCAGCCUGGUGGAAAGCAGGCUCCAGCUUUGUACCAAGUCCCAGGAGGAAGUACAACCUGGUGGCCAGUGUCCCUCUGGUGCUCUGCCUGGCGAGAGAACCUCAUCCAGCUCAGUGACUGUGGGUAAUGUGUCAACGCUGGCGGGGACAGAUCUUUAACCAAAGACAUUUAACCACAGUGAGAAUCUACAAGAACAGAAACUGGGCUAAUAAUAAAAAGACAGUAAUUGCUAUGACCCCUUGAUAUAAGACACCUGGGAUAGGUAGCCCAAGGCUAAUCACUGCUAAUACUUAGGACAAUGAAAACAUUCUCUUCAUAGAAACUAUUGAGCAAAAUUUUUAUUCUAAAAAACUGUCACCACGUAAGUGUGUGGAAGGCUUUUCCUUAGUAAACCCUGGGCUGGUCCUGUCGGUUGGUUUUAGAAGUACUAGCAGAGGGGCUAGGGAAGCAUUCCUUAUGUGAACGGUUUCUGAGAUUAGUGUCCUGAGACGACCAAAAUAUCAUAAAUGAAGAAUAGGGGGCUGGGGGAACCAUCCACACUCCGUGAAAUGUUUUUAAUAAGCAAAGAAAAUGCCAGUAAUCAAACCAUUAAGAAGAAAAAUGUGUCUCGUAAUGAAGGAAAUCAUGUAAAACCUCUCCCUGAUUCCAAGCCAGUGGCCAUGUCUAUGGCUUUUUGCAGUUCCAUGAGCUCACAGGACCAUUCCAGGAACCAGCCCAUUGGUGCAGCUAAAGUAGAGAAAACUGGAGUGAUUCAUGAGGCCUGGGUAUCAGGAUACCAUUUUUUUUAUUUCUUGCCUUUGUCUUUGUCUCCCAACCCCUGCCCAUUAGUGUUGCAUCGCUUUGCAAAGGUUCCAGGAAAAACAGAUCAGUGAGGAAAAAGAAGGAAGUGUCCUUUCCAAAGGUGCCUGGACUAGUAGGAAGAGUCUCCAGAAAUGCCCUUUUUCCUAUUUCAAAGGUGACUCCUCCUAUUUCAAAGGUGACUCCUGGAAGCAUUUGCUAUACUGUGAAAGAAAAGACUAUAGUGACAGUCCUUUCUGAGUUAUAUAUUGUUACCAAGAUGUGUUCAAAGCAUGGCAAUCAUUGCCAGUAUGUUGCCCCACAGCUCUGGCUCUUAGAUUGUAAUCAGCUAGAAAAGUUACUUUAUAAACAAUUCUUUUUCUGAUUUUGAGAACAAUUUAGUGGCUGACAGAUUUCAAGGAUAGACUACACCUCCAAACUGGCCACCAGGCCUUCUCAGAGAGUCACUGGCUUUGGGUUUUCUUACUUCUAGAUUAUUUCUAGAAGUUUUCCAUAUUUUUGUCCCAAAAUAUUCAUGGUUGAUAGACAGUUCACACCCCAUUAGUUUAGUUCAUAGUCUUAGACCUUCCUCUUCUCUCUUGCCUUAACGGUUACUACAGUACAUCUCUUCACCUAGAAUUGACUACCAGGCCUUGCUACCCAGUAUGAAGGGACACAAUAAAAAUGAUUGUGUGCCUUCCUUCAUUUUAACUACUUACCAACAGGAAGCUGCUUAGCACCUACUUCGUCUCUCUAGCCCACCAAUUGGAUCUUUCUCCCACGAACUAGCUUUUCCGAAUUACUUUUCUCAUCACUCAUCUGGUCAUACCAAAUUUUUUGUUGUUGUUGUGUGUGUGUGUGUGUGUGUGUUUU